AGUCGCAAAUCCACCAUUUUCCCUUUGUAACUAACCGGUGUUCAAAACACGUGCGUACGAUCAAGUUACAUGGAAAACUUAAGUGUUCGCGUAUAGAACUUGAAUAAAAACAUAUUAAAAAGUGCGCCGCGCUUCUAUUUACACGUCACACGUGUUAAAAUAUCAAAAUGAACACCGAAAAGCUAAAGAAACUGCAGUCACAAGUCCGCAUAGGCGGUAAGGGGACUCCAAGGCGUAAGAAGAAGGUUGUCCAUGCGACUGCCGCUACAGAUGACAAAAAAUUACAAUCAUCAUUGAAGAAACUGUCCGUAAACACCAUCCCAGGUAUCGAGGAGGUUAACAUGAUAAAAGAUGACGACACUGUGAUUCAUUUCAAUAACCCUAAAGCGCAGGCAUCACUCGCGGCGAACACAUUCGCCAUCACUGGCCAUGGAGAAAACAAGCAAAUUGCCGAGAUGCUGCCCGGUAUCUUGAGCCAGCUCGGCCCCGACGGGCUCAACCGUCUAAAGAGGAUAGCAUCGAGUGUGGCCGCCCCUAAACCCAUUGAUGAGGAUGACGAAGUACCUAACCUAGUCGGUAAUUUCGAUGAGGCUUCGAAACAGGAAGCUAAGGAAGUAGUUUCUGAGGAGAAAGACAAGAAAGAGGAGGAAAAGAAGGAAGAGAAAAAGCCAGAGUCAGAAACCAAAGCUGCAGACAAGAAGACCGAUUAAAUCCACUGACAUUAGUUCUUAAUUGCUCACCAGAUGAAGUGAAUGAAUGCUAGGGUUUCCAAAGCCUAUGAGGUGUGUCUCAAAUUUAUGUUAUGUUAAUAAACAUUUGAAUUAACCUCAAUUUGUAUUUUUCGACGGUGACGGUGCCUUGUGGACGGUUGAACUCAUGCCUUUGGAAGCCUCCAGCCAACCCGUUUAAGCUUUGCCUUGCACUAUGUUUCAGUUACAAAGUCAAAUCUCAUUUCAUAUAUAAAUAAGUGUUGUAAAAACUGUUAAUAUUGGCAAUAUGAAGUACAUAUGAAGAUUUAUUUUAAAUCACUAUAGAGAUGUAUGCGUACAUCAGAAUAUGAUAAAAGUUUAAAUGUUAAAUCUGGUAUUGCUUUCAACUUAGAAUCAAGCUCUUUAGUUUACAGAGCCAAUAUUGUAUAAAUGAUAAAAAUUGUAAAAUGUGGAAAUCGAUUGGAGUUUUUGUUAUGUGUGUAUGUGACAUAAACUUUAAUCCUUAA